UUUCAGUGCAUGAUGGGCUAAAGUGUAGGAAACAGCAUGGCGGGGCAGUUUACACUCACUCAGCUUUCGAGUGGAAAUCCUUUAUAUGAGAAGUAUUAUCGUCAGAUUGAUACAGUGAAUGGUGGAAGAGUUGGAGCAGCAGAAGCUGCCUCAUUUUUAAAAAGGUCUGGCCUAUCUGACCUCGUGCUUGGAAAGAUAUGGGAUUUAGCUGAUGCGGAUGGAAAGGGGUUUUUAAACAAACAGGAAUUUUUUGUUGCCUUAAGGCUUGUAGGCUGUGCACAAAAUGGACUUGAGGUUUCUCUGAACAGUUUGCACCUUGCUGCCCCAGCACCAAAAUUUAAUGAUAGAAAUAGUCCAUUACCGGCUAGUGGCUCAGCACCUAUUGAUGUUCCCUGGGCUGUGAAGUUGGAAGAAAAGGCAAAGUAUGAUAUAAUUUUUGACAGCCUUAAUCCUGUGAAUGGUUUCCUGUCUGGUGAUAAAGUGAAACCUGUGCUUCUCAAUUCUAAGCUACCUGUGGAUGUCCUGGGAAGGGUCUGGGACCUCAGUGAUACCGAUCGUGAUGGAUUAUUAGACCGAGAUGAAUUUGCUGUUGCCAUGUACUUGGUUUACCGUGCUCUUGAGAAGGAACCUGUACCAUUUUCAUUGUCGCCUGCCUUAGUACCACCUUCAAAGAGGAAAAAAGCUAGUGUUCCAUCUUCAGUGCCACUCAUUCCAUCUCCACCUACUUCCAAGGAAAGCCGACAGCCCUUGCCCCCUGUGGGAAUUCUACCUUCUAAAACACCAGUGGUCCAGGCUGUAAAAUGGGUUGUCACACCAACUGACAAAACAACAUAUGAUGAAAUCUUCAUCAAAACUGACAAAGACCAGGAUGGAUUUGUCUCUGGGGUAGAGGUCAAAGACUUCUUUCUCACCACGGGUCUACCUCCAGCGACACUGGCUCAUAUCUGGGCACUCUGUGAUACAAAUGAUUGUGGAAAGCUUUCAAAGGAGCAGUUUGCCUUGGCAUUACAUUUAAUAAACCAGAAGAUAACAAAAGGCAUUGAUCCACCUCAGGUUCUCACAGCAGAGAUGAUGCCUCCUGACAGUGCACAAAAGAAUGGAGCAACCCUGAACACUAUAACUGACUUUUCAGCCAUCAAAGAACUUGAUUCUAUACACAAUGAAAUUGCUGAUCUUCACAGGGAGAAAAGCAGUGUGGAAGUGGAAAUCAAAGAAAAGGAGGAGGCCAUAAAGCAGCGAACGAGUGAGGUCCAGGAUCUCCAGGAUGAAGUUGAUAAAGAGAGCACAAAUCUCCAAAAGUUACAAGAACAGAGGCAACAAGUACAGCAAGUGCUCAGUGGCUUGGAUCAACAGAAAAACCAACUGGAGGAGGAGCUUAAUGACAUCAGACAGAAGUGUACUGAAGAGACACAGCUGAUCUCAUCACUUAAGACUGAAAUUUCAGAUCAGGAGACCCAGAUAUUGUCUUGUGAGGAGGAGCUCAUCAAAGCACAGGAGGAGCUGAGCCGACUUCACCAGGAGACAGCAGAACUGCGGGAACGUAUGGAGGCCAGCCAAACCCAGUUGGUGCCUGUGCAGAAUUCUCUUCAGGCAUCCCACCAUGAAAUUAACCAGGCAAAAUCCAAGCUGUCUGAGCUACAAGAAUCUAAGGAAAGCUUCAACAAUCAACUGAAUUGGCGGAGUCUUGUGCAACCUGCCCUUGUCAAUGGUGGUGUUGAGCAGUAUGAGCUUAACAACAGUGUCAGUGAGUCUACUGACCACAAGGAAAAUACUGAGAGGCAAAGCCCACUGGAGAAGGAAUCAAUUAUCACUGAGACUGUGGUCAACAAAAGCAUUGAUGAAUCCAUCCCAAACACUGUAGAGAUGAAGACAGAACAAGCUGAAAUUCAGCAACCAAGUUUUGCAGAAAAGGAAGACCCUUUUGAUCUGAAAGCUACUGAAUAUUCUAACACUAUUCCAGACCCAAACCUGGAUUUCUUUCAGACAGAUCCUUUCACUGGAAGUGACCCCUUUAAAGAUGAUCCAUUUGGAAAAGUUGAUAUUGCAGAUCCUUUUGGAGGAGAUCCCUUUAAAGGCACAGAUCCUUUUGCAGAUGCUUCUGAUAACUUCUUUCAACAGUCUUCAAGUGACCCAUUUACUUCCACUGAGUCUGAUCCAUUCAGUGCUACAAUAUCCAACAAUAAUGUGGAAUCAAUUGAAACAUUGAAAGCCAAUGAUCCAUUUGCUCCUGGUGGUGGUACAGUCUCAUCCACUGUUGAAACAGUCACUGACCCUUUUGUCUCAAUGUUUGGAAACGAUUCAUUUGGAAGUGGUUUUGCUGAUUUUAAUACAUUAUCACAGUCCGACCAUGCAGACCCAUUCAGUUCUGCCGCAGGAACAGACCACAAUAAUGAUGCCUUUGGAAAAAAUGGAUUCACAGAUGAACCUACAAAAAUUGAAGAGGUUCCUCCAGCACUACCACCAAAAGUUGGCACUCCAACAAGACCCCCUCCACCACCACCUGGUAAAAGACUUUCCCUUGUAAAGUCAGAAUUAUCCGACUCCUUCAAGUUAAAUGAUCCUUUCCAUCCGUUUAAUUCAGGGAAUUCAUUCCAUAAAGAAAAUCAUCUUGAUCCAUUUGCUCCUACCUCUCCAAGUAAAGAUAUAGGAGACAACACAAAUUUUGCAAACUUCAAUGCUUACCCCAGUGAGGAAGACCAGAUAGAGUGGGCCAAAAGAGAAAGUGAACGAGCAGAGAAGGAGCGACUAGCGAGACUAAAUCAGCAAGAACAAGAGGAUUUGGAACUGGCCAUAGCACUCAGUAAAUCUGAAAUAUCUGAAGCAUGAAUAACGCUGAUGUGGUUGGUCUUCAGUGUUACUGGUCACCAUGACUUCCUAACCAACCCUGUUCUUACUAAUGACAUUUUAUGUAGAAGCUACCUAAAGUAACUUUGACAAUACUGGAAAUUCUUACCUGAAAUUAUUAGUUUGUUACUGAAGAGUCUUAUACUGGACUUGGAUCAGUGUGGUGAAACCUAUUAAUUCAGAACUAUUAAAUAAUCUUUAUUCUGUAUAUGUAAAAAAAGUGAUGUACAAGCUAAAUACUGAUGCAAGUCUGUAUUAAAUGCAAUCAAUUUAGUUCUAAUUAUACUACUUUGCAGUGUUGGUAGUGGAGCUACCAUUUCAGCAGCUUCCUGUUCAAAUAAUAUUGUCCAAUAGGAUACACAAGCCAUUGAACAGCUGUAUAUAUUUACACCUUAGUUACAAAGUAGAUUUAAACAAUCAUAAACUUUUCAAGUGUAGCACAUUAACUGUUUCUGUAACCAGCAGUUGCUAACAAUGUAUAACUGUAUAGAGCAUCGGUUUCAGGAUACUUGCUAAAACUGCUGCUGUAAGUUAAACGUGUGCACUGCUAAACUUUUUACUGGCUUUAUUUUUUUAACUUGUCAGUUUAUAAAUUUUAAGCGAUUUUCCUUUUAUGUUCAUGUGAAAUUGCUGACUGCCUGGACAAAUAAAUAAACAUAAAUAAAAUGUAAA